GACAUUUAUACACAACGUUCAAAUAUGAAUAUUCCGUAUUUAUUUGUUUGUUUAAUUCUUGUUCUGUGGAUUUAUUGGCUAUGGAUUCGCCGAAAAUUCUAUGCGUUAAUGUUAAAAAUUCCGGGACCAAUGGGUUAUCCUCUAAUCGGUAUGGGUAUCCAUUUAAUGCGUAGAGAAGAUAUACUUUCGACAUUUAAUAAAGAAACCAGAAAAUAUGGUUCAAUAUUAUUUUCAUGGUUGGGUCCAUAUCCUUUUCUGGUUGUUAGUGAGCCGGCCAUUGUUCAAGACAUUCUGACAUCACGUUAUUGUAUCAACAAAGGUGUGAUUUAUGAUGCGUUAGAUGAUGGAACUGGUAAAGGGCUAUUUAGUUUAAAAGAUCCGGAGUGGAGUGUUCAUCGAAAAUUAUUAAAUCCCGCAUUUGGUCAUAAAGUUUUGUUAAGUUUUAUACCGAUAUUCAAUGUGGAAAUAAAUAAAUUACUAAAAACUAUUGAUCAGAUGAAAUCCAAGGAAUCUGUAGAUUUGAUGGAAAUACUACAGGAAUUUACGCUGGAUAUAGCAACUAAAACAACUAUGGGAAAAAGUGUGUCACAGGAAUCGAAUGAAUCGAAUACAGAUCUAUUGUCCAGCUAUCAAUGUGUUUUAGAGAAUAUGACAGAAAUGUGCUUCUCACCCUGGCUACGUUGUAGUGUUGUACGCAAGCUUUUGGGAAUUUAUGAACCAUAUCAUGGAGCCAAAAAGAAAAUUCGUAAAUUUAUAAGAAAGCUUAUUGAUCAAAAAUUGUCUAGAGUAUAUAAUAAUGCUGAUAGCGGUACCAAAAAUAUAUUUAUUGAUCUGGCCAUAGAUUUAAUGAGGCGUGGAAUUUUCUCCUGGCAAAAUGUUGAAGAUGAAUCAAAUGUUAUUGUUUUUGGAGCUUUUGAAACGACAGCCAAUACGAUUGCCUACACUUUGAUGUUAUUGGCCAUGUUUCCCAAUUAUCAAGAAAAAGUUUUUGAAGAACUCCUCUCAAUCUUUCCCGAUCAGGGAGAUUUUGAAGUUAGCUACAGCAAUACUCAAGAUAUGAUUUAUAUGGAUAUGGUACUUAAUGAGACUAUGCGUGUAAUGACUCCAGUACCAAUCGUAUCACGACAAACGUCUCAAGAAGUUCGUCUAUCGAAUGGUGUUAUUUUACCGAAAGGAGUACAAAUAGCAAUAGAUAUUUUUCAUAUGCAUCGACGAGUAGACAUAUGGGGAACAGAGGCUCAUUUAUUUAAUCCCUACAACUUUUUACCUUCGAAUAUGGAGGGUAAACACCCUUAUGCAUAUAUUCCCUUUACCAAAGGCAUACGGAACUGUAUUGGCUGGCGAUAUGCUCUGUUAUCGACUAAGGUGUCACUGGCCAAAUUGUUAAGAAAUUAUAGUUUUACAACCGAAUUUAAAUAUGAAGAUUUAGAAUUUGUCGAAGAUAUUACUUUGAAAUUGAAGAAUGUACCAUUGCUUAGCAUGCACAAACGAACUGUUUAAUUUUGAUCGCAAAUCUUAAUAUUUUAAUUAUUAAUUAAGAAAUCUAAUCAAAUGUAUUAAUUUAUUGUAACAAUUUGUGAUAUUAAAAAAAAAACUUUUCUAAUCGGGGUGAUUGUUGAAAUAAGACCUUCAAA